UUCGAUCCAGGUUUCACAAAAACCCUACUUUCCCUUCCGAACUAUAUAACCUAACUGAAACCCUAAUUCGAUCUAUACCAAGCUUUUAACUUCUCUCCUUUUUCACUCUCGAUAGCACAGUACACGGAGGUUAAAGAGACGGCGCCGUCUUGCUGUCCGCCUUGACCAAGCCGUAGCUUCGUCUUGGCCCUCUAAUUUUGUUGUAUCAUUCUUUGUUCCUAGUUUGAUUCGUUUGUGUGUUUUAGUUCUUGUGAAAUCAAGAUCAAAUGGCCGGAAAACCAUCCAAGGCUGAUAAGAAGAUUGCUUACGAUGCUAAGCUCUGCCAAUUGCUGGACGAAUACAGCCAGAUCUUAGUUGUGGCGGCGGAUAAUGUUGGGUCCAAUCAGCUGCAGAACAUCAGGACGGGUCUUCGAGGUGACUCUGUGGUUCUCAUGGGAAAGAAUACCAUGAUGAAGAGGUCCAUUAGAGUCCACGCUGAUAAGACUGGGAACAAAGCGUUCCUUAAUCUCAUCCCCCUCCUUCAGGGCAAUGUGGGAUUGAUUUUCACAAAGGGUGAUCUCAAGGAAGUGAGCGAAGAAGUUGCCAAAUACAAGGUUGGAGCUCCUGCUCGAGUUGGUUUGGUUGCCCCAAUUGAUGUUGUUGUCCCUCCUGGCAAUACGGGGCUCGAUCCAUCCCAAACUUCUUUCUUCCAGGUGCUCAAUAUUCCUACUAAGAUUAACAAGGGUACUGUUGAAAUUAUCACCCCUGUGGAGCUUAUCAAGAAGGGUGAGAAGGUUGGCUCUUCUGAGGCUGCUUUGCUGGCAAAGCUUGGCAUAAGGCCAUUCUCUUAUGGUCUUAUUGUCCUGUCUGUUUAUGACAAUGGUUCUGUGUUCAGCCCAGAGGUGCUUGAUCUGACUGAGGAUGAUCUUGUUGAGAAGUUUGCAACUGGUGUCUCCAUGGUCACUGCAUUGGCAUUAGCCAUCUCAUACCCGACUCUGGCAGCUGCACCACAUAUGUUCAUUAAUGCCUACAAGAAUGUCCUGGCAAUUGCAGUUGCAACUGAGUAUUCCUUCCCACAGGCAGAGAAGGUGAAAGAAUACCUAAAGGAUCCUAGCAAGUUUGCUGUUGCUGCUGUUCCAGUUGCAGCUGCUGAUGCUGGUGCUGCCCCAGCUGCUGUUGCCAAGGAGGAGGAAAAGAAGGAAGAACCAGCUGAGGAGUCUGAUGACGACAUGGGUUUCAGCCUGUUUGAUUAAGUGUCAUCUAGAUUACUAGUUUAGGAUUUUGCUUCUGGCACAAUCUUGGCGACUUAAUGUUAUUUUGGAGAAUUUUCAUGUUAUUUGCCAGGUUUCCAUACAUUUAUAGGGAUGUUGCACAUCUUUUCGCAAA